CUCUCUCUCUCUUUCUCCCCUUCUCUUCCCUAUAGAGUGUAUCCUACAUAUGAUUUUGCUUGUCCAUGGUGGGACAGUAUUGAAGGUGUUACUCAUGCCCUGAGGACUACUGAGUAUCAUGACAGGGACCCUCAGUAUUUCUGGAUACUUGAUGCUUUAGGUUUAAGGAAGCCGUACAUAUACGAGUACAGUCGUCUUAAUCUCCAGAACACUGUACUCUCCAAGCGUAAGCUGACUUGGUUUGUUAAUGAAGGAAUCGUUAGUGGAUGGGAUGAUCCAAGGUUUCCAACAGUGCGUGGUGUAUUGAGGAGAGGAAUGACUGUAGAGGGUCUGAAAUUAUUCAUAGCAGCUCAGGGGUCAUCCCGUGCUGUCACUAUGAUGGACUGGAAUAAGAUAUGGGCUUUUAAUAGAAAAGUUAUUGAUCCCAUCUCUCCUCGAUAUACAGCCCUUACUGACACUGUUCCAUUGCUGAUACCUGAAGUUAAAGAUGAAACUAGUAAAAUGGUUCCUAAGCACCCCAAG